ACUCAAUCGCACAGAAGGUAGAUUCCUUGUCAACAAUGGAAGGAUGGCAUGAACAAAGCUUGAUUUGUUUUAAGAUUGUUCAAGCUGAAGUUCUAUGUGCCUUAUAAACGGGAUAUUUUCUCGUUUUAUGAUAAAACCACACCAAAUGCGUACACGGAAUUAAUUAAACGUCAGGAAAUCCCCAUAGAGAAGUUUACAAACUCAGGUGGCAGUUUUCCAGUGAGUACGAAAAAACAAGAUAAAACAGCAGUUUAGCGAAGACACUUCGAUGUGUUCCUUGGCCUUUCUGGUGUUCACGCUGUGCGUGGCUGUUCGUCCUUUCAAAGUUCUAUGUGACAACCAAGAAAACGAGGAACGUGUUUUGAGGAGGACACUUUCUGAGAAGCUAUUUGACGGGUACAAAAAGGACUUCUUGCCGCGCUUGAACGAAUCAGCUCCGGUUAAGGUCCAAUUUGAUUUUGAACUCAUCACAAUCAAAGACGUGAAUGCAAAGGAACAGACGUUCACAGUUUAUGGUUGGGUGCGACAGAAAUGGUACAACCCGUAUCUCGAAUGGAAUUCUUCCGAGUUUGGCGGCAUUCAAUCCAUUCAGACGAACGCCGAGAGGGUCUGGGUACCAGAUGUUCUAGUCUAUAACAACAUUGACUUCCAUGACCGUAUUGGUGGUGGGCCAACAACAUACCAAACCAAUGUUCUCAUGCAAGCCAACGGCCAAAACUCUUGGAUGAGUCCUGCCAUCUUCAAGACCGUCUGCGCCAUAGAUGUCACCUACUUCCCUUUUGACAUGCAGACAUGCCUGCUCAAGUUCGGUUCUUGGGCUUCUAACAGUCAGCAACUAACCUUGUGUCCAGAAAACAUGACUGGAAAAUCGGAUCAGUACGUGAACAAUGGCGAAUGGGAUAUCAUAGAGAUCACGUCUAAAAGAAACGUUGUACAUUACAGUACAGGUGCAUUCGACGACGUUACAGUUACUAUAAUAAUAGGCCGCGUGUUUUUCGUGUACUGCGUGAAUUUAAUCAUUCCUUGCUUUCUCAUCUCGACUAUGAUAUUUCUGGGUUUUAUUCUUCCUCCAGAGUGCGGAGAGAGGAUUGGGUUGAGCAUUACUGUUCUGCUCGCCAUGACAGUCUUCCAACAAUUAACAGCGAACAUUUUCCCUUCAUUUGAUUUCCCGCUCCUCGGUCAGUAUUAUUUUGCAACCAGCGUUGAAAUUAGUAUUUCCCUCCUAGCAACAACUGUGGUUCUAAAUUUCACGAACCGCAAAAACAAAAAAAUGCCACGGUGGAUGCAAAAGGUGUUACUAGAGUGGACGGCGCGCGUCGUUUUUCUGAGGAAAGCUGUGGAAAAAAGCUGUCCAAAGCCAAAACGCAAACGUUCCACUCGGCGUUUUUCAAGCAUGAGGGAAUUCAGGGACAAUCAAGAAGUCAUACAGAAGGGAACAGCCAGUCGUGACCAACUGACUACAAGAGAAACCUUCCCCGAUGAUUCCGAGAGACAAGACGACCACCUUGUUGCUGAGCUCAAAAGCAUGUUUAUGAUGUCAAAAAAUCUGGAUUACGGUGGCUUGCGAUAUGCACAUUCUGUCAAGAGUACAAACUUGAAUGGACUCAAUAAUGGCGACGACAACUACAUAUUAAGCAGCCCCGCUUCCGAAGGUGUCUGGGACGAUAGUAACAUGUCUUUUACUGGAGUUCUUGAUGAGAAUGGAGAAGAACUCGAAGAAAACGAGCUCCAGUUACGUCAGUGGGAAUGGAUAAUGGCCGCUAGGGUCCUGGAUCGAGCCUUGCUGUGGGUGUCAAUUAUUGCCGGCAUUGUGACUUUUUUCGCCAUUUUCAUGAGAGCCCCUCGCUUGCAGACUUUACUGUUUGGCUCAUGAGUAAUCGUCUGAAGAGGUCAUCUCUCGAGCUUUCUCUACACUGGAAACAGGGGAGCCAUUGACAUAAAAAAAGCAAAAUAUUUCGCCAUUAUACCGUGGAUUAUUAUCAAUAAAUGAAGAAUUAAUUCCCACUGGUCGUAAUAGUAAAAAAUUGACCAAGACAACAGAACAGUAAUAAGUAUUCAAAGAAAUGACUGCUGAAAGACUGCUGAGAUUGAGACGCAAUCAGUCAGACAACGCCGCUGGAACUGAUAAAACAUCGAGUAACGAGUAGAGAGCUGGCUAAACUCGCUCAUAACUUUCUCCGUGGUGGAGUUUUAAAAGUUUUCAGGCCAUCAACUGGAUAAAAUAUUGGCAAUAGGUUGAGGGUAUUGUCCGGCGAUGGCUUACAACUCGGGUCGGAAGAUUUUUGAUAUUUGUACACUUGUUUACGAGAUAACUUUGGUGAACUUCGACUGCGUAGCCAGAGACUUUGCAAUCUUUCAAACAUAACCUUAAUAAAUUAUGGAGUUAGUACAGUGAACACAAAACAGAGGACUAGGUUAAUGAAUUAUGGAGUUAGUACAGUGAACACAAAACAGAGGACUAAGUUAAUAAAUUAUGGAGUUAGUACAGUGAACACAAAACAGAGGACAAAGUUGCAGAGAAGUCAAAUAUCUGAAAGGUGUGGAAACAAAUUCCUACCUACAAUAUAUCAUUAACUCAGAAAAGCGGUCUCACUGAAAGACUGCACAAUUCUAGUUUAUUGUGAUUCAGUGGCACGGAUGGACACAAAAUAAAUCACUAUGAUAAUCAUUACAUUUUCCUCAAAAACAUUUGGUGCAUUCCCACUAAUUGUUUCCUAGCGUUGUAAUCAGUCAGUGUAAUCGGACAGUUUACUGCAAUCACAGAUUUCAUUACAAUAACCAUACCAACAACCACGUACCCUUCAAAACUGGGGAAUUUCCAACUUAGAAGAAUUUUUUUACUUAAGAUAAUUAUCAUUGAAAGCCCUUUUUCGAAUCAAUGUGUCUUUUUUUUCGGAAAUUGUUAUGCCUAUUAUUAAUUAGGACCGAGUGUCCUCCAAUUCGGUCUAUAAUCAUACUGUCUCGUGAUUAACCAAUCGGACUCCCGCUUCACGGUCGUCUGAUUUUGUAGUCACUCGUCUGAUUUUGUAGUCACUCGUCUGAUUUUGUAGUCACUCAUCUGAUUUCAAGUUGCAGUCACUCGUCUGAUUACAGACCGAAUUGAACUCCACUCGGUUCUAUCACCAGCACUUAUAAAUAUGAAGUGUAGCACUCCGGAUUUGAGCCCUAUUGCCCUACUGCCGUAUUUGAAUUUGAUACUUUGCACUAAAAAAAUUGGUGCAUAGAUAUUUGAAUGUGACGCCGAGUAUAUUGAUCUGUUGGUCAAUAAAAGUACCGAUGGGAUUUUUUAGCCAAACAGAGACGAAACUGAUGCUAUUACUACAUGUGGAAGCUGAUUUGCGGGUUCCUUAACUGUCUCAGCACCUAUGAAAUAAACUUCACU